GCAUUGUUUCAUAUGAAUUGUCUAUUUCCUCAUGUUGGCAAUUCUCAUUUUUCUUUUAGCUCACAACACUACAACCAAAGAUUCUUCUCAACCACUCAAAUCCACUAUAAUUCAAGAACCAACUUCAUUGAAGAUCAAGAAAACAAAUCAACCAUGGGUUUAAUCAAAUCAGCAAUCGGAGACGCAAUCUUAACGUUCACGUGGGUCUUCACCACUCCACUUCUCGGCGUUUUAAUCUCCGUCGUAUCAUCAUAUCUCGCCGUCGAACCCAAAACACUACCGUCUCUAUUCAUCACUAUAAACUUAGCAACUCUCCGCCUUUACAUGUUCACCUUCAUCGCCGCUCUUCUCGGCGGCGCAAGUUUCAACCCUACUGCAGCUCUAUCGUUAUACACCGCAGGUCUUAAACCUGACGCGUCUCUCAUGUCCAUGGCUGUCAGGUUUCCGGCUGAAGCUGCCGGAGCAGUGGCCGGAGCCGUCGCAAUCCUUAAAUCAAUGCCGGUGAAGUAUAAACAUAUGGUUAAGGGUCUUUCUUUGAACGUGGAGUUGCAGACCGGAGCUAUGAUCGGAGUUAUUUUUAGUUUUUUGUAUUGUUUUUCUUUAAUAUUUGUUUUGACCAAAGGGCCCAAGAAUUUGUUGGUGAAGCUGUGGCUAUUGGCUUGUGCUAGGGUUAGUAUUGGAAUUGUGGUUAAUAGUGUGAAGCAAACGGGUAUUAUAAUGAACCCGGCUAGUGCUUAUGGGUGGGCGUAUUUAAGUAAUUGGCAUAAUAAUUGGGAUUUUUUUUGUGUUUAUUGGAUUUGCCCUUUUAUUGGAGCAGUUUUGGCUGCUUGGUUCUUUAGAUUCAUGUUUAGAGGAUCUAUUAAGGCUAAGCAGGCUUAAUUAAAGAUUAAUGACUGUCUCCAUAGCUUUGUUUA